GUCUAGCAGAGCGAGAGAAAAAAGGACAGAGCUCAGAGAGCGAGAGCAAGAGAGAGAGAGAGAGAGAGAGAGAGAGAGAGAGAGAGAGAGAAGUAGGCAGCUGGAGUCUUCUGCACAACUGUAGCCAGUCUCGGAGCCUGAGCACUGCCAAGAGGCGAAGACAGGAGCCAGUGUCGCACUUCAAUGAGAACGACACGCGCCCAAAAGAGCGAGGGAACCUUCUUUUGAGGGAUUCAAAGGAAGAUCAAAGCUGCCAUCUACGAUGCCAGAGUUGCUGAUCCAAGCGUUUAGAUCGUUCCCCAUUCAGCACCGCCUUCCUUAUUAGAUUAUUCAUCCGGGAUCAGGCCCAAGCUCGAGGAUCAAUCGGAAACAGCCAAGCGAUGAAUCCCUUCUUUUGGCUGUUUGCGCUGUUUUCCCUCCUCCCUCUGGUUUCGGCCGCGAGGAGUCGGGGGAUCGUUAUCCGCGUGAAGCAGCCGGACGGACGAGUGCUGCACAGGUCCAAGCGUGACUGGAUGUGGAGGCAGUUCUUCCUGUCGGAGGAAUACACGGGAAGUAACUAUCAGUACGUGGGCAAGCUUCGCUCGGAUAAAGAUCGAGGAGACGGCACCGCACGCUACGUCCUCUCCGGUGAAGGAGCGGGCACCAUUUUUCGGAUCGAUGAAAAGUCAGGUGAUCUCCAUGCCACUCAGAGACUCGAUAGAGAAGAAAAAGCAUCCUACACCCUACAAGCACAGGCCUUCAACAAAUACACCGGCCUCCCUCUGGAACCGGCCACCGAGUUUAUCGUCAAGAUUCACGACAUCAACGACAACGAACCCAAGUUCACGCAGUCCGUCUACAGCGCCAGCGUCCCCGAGAUGUCUGACGUCGGUACUUUUGUGAUAGAAGUCAACGCCACGGACGCAGACGACGCCUCGUACGGGAACAGCGCUAAGCUUGUCUACAGCAUACUCCAAGGGCAGCCGUACUUCUCGGUGGAACCAGAGACAGGAAUUGUGAGAAUAGCCCUAUCCAACAUGGACCGAGAGGUACGGAAGGAAUACCAGGUGGUUAUUCAAGCCAAAGACAUGGCAGGACAGAUGGGGGGUCUGUCUGGAACCACUGUGGUCAAUGUGACCCUCACAGACGUUAAUGACAGCCCGCCACGCUUUGCCUACAGUUCCUACCAUUUGAGCACUUAUGAGUCAGCGGAAAUUGGCUCCACGGUGGGACGAAUUAAAGCCAACGACGGGGACGAGGGAGAGAACGCUGAGAUGAAGUACAGGAUCGUGGAAGGAGACGGGAAAGACUCGCUUGACAUCAUUACUGAUGAGAUAACUCAAGAGGGAAUAAUCGUUGUCAAAAAGAAACUGGAUUACGAGAGCAGGCGUGUGUACACUAUCAAAGUGGAAGUGAGUAACACUCACACGGACCCCGGCUUCCUCCAUCUGGGUCCGUUCUCAGACACGGCCAUCGUUAAAGUGACGGCGAAGGACGUGGACGAGCCGCCGGUGUUCAGCCGGCCGCAUUUCAUUAUCGAGGUCAACGAGGACACGCCGAAGGGAAGCGUCAUUGGAACGGUUACAGCCUGGGAUCCUGACGCAACCGACUACCCUGUGCAGUUCGCAAUAGACGAGCACACAGAUCCCGACAGACUCUUUCACAUCGACCCCAGAAAUGGCUCCAUUACAACCCUGAAGUCUCUCGACAGAGAAGUGUCGAAGUGGCACAACAUCUCCGUGCUCGCCAGCGAAAUAAAUAAUCCUCGUCAGAGAACCCGGGUUCCCGUCUUGAUCAAGGUGCUGGAUGUGAACGAUAACGCGCCCGAGUUCGCCAUGUUUUACGAGACGUUUGUGUGUGAGAAUGUCAGAGCUGGGCAGCUAAUCCAAACCAUCAGUGCCAUAGACACGGACGAGCCUCUGGUCGGACACAAGUUCGUCUUCAGUUUAAGCGCCAGCAAUCCGAACUUUACCAUCUUUGACAACGAAGAUAACACGGCGAGGAUCCUGACCAGGCGGAGCGGCUUUAACAGGCAGGAGAUGAGCACGUACUACCUGCCCGUGGUGAUUUCGGACAGCGAUUAUCCGAUCCAGAGCAGCACGAGUACGCUGACCGUACGUGUGUGCGGCUGUGACAGCACGGGAAACCUGCGCUCGUGUAGCGUGGACGCUCUGCUGCUCUCGGCACGGCUCAGCACCGCCGCCCUGGUGGCCAUCCUGCUCUGCAUCGUCAUCCUACUCAUGAUCGUGGUGCUGUUCUCGGCCCUGAGAAAGCAACGGCGCAAAGAGCCUCUGAUCAUCUCCAAAGAGGACGUGAGGGACAACGUGGUGAGCUACAACGACGAGGGCGGAGGCGAAGAGGACACGCAGGCCUUCGACAUCGGAGCGCUGCGCCACCCGGAGGCCAUGGAGGAAACCAACCAGCUGAGGCGUGACAUCAUCCCGGACGUCCUGUUCCCGUACCGCACGUGCUCGCCCACCAACGAAUGUAGCGACCUCAGAGACUUCCUCAUCAGCAGGUUGAAGGAUACGGACGCCGACCCCUCCGCUCCUCCUUAUGAUUCCCUCGCGACGUACGCUUACGAGGGCAACGGCUCCGUCGCCGAGUCCCUGAGCUCGCUGGAGUCAUCGGUGAACGAAGGAGACCACGAGUACGACUUCCUCGGCACCUGGGGCCCGGAGUUUAAAAAGCUAGCCGAUAUGUACGUGCCGAAAGACACGGCGUCGACUAGCUAAAGGAUUCCACUCAGAUUUGCGUAUGCGUGUCGUGGACUACGAGUUAACUCUCACUCCAGAAGGAUUUUCUACUGACACUCUACUGACUACCGACUUUUUCUUUUUUUAAAAGAAAAAUCAGAUUUCUUUUGGGUUUUUUUUUUUGUUCACGGUCUCGUGUCAGUUUUUGUGCUGAUGAGAAGAGUGUUUAGUGAUUUUGUCGAUGAUGUUUGUUCAUUAGCAGAAAAAAAAAAGCAAAACGAACAUUUGACCUCAACUUCAUUUGCUUUCGCGAAAGGUUUUACUCACGUCAUUUUGCCAAACUGUGGAUAUAUCACUGAGAUCAAAUACAGCAGUGUUGUAGAGAUGCUGCUAUCACAUGCACACGCACACACACACGCACACACACACACACACACACACACACACACACACACACAUACUUGUUUCUGAAUGUUGUUGUGUUUUAUAUCCAUAUUUUUUAUGAAUAUAUUUUAAUAAAAAACAUGAAUGCGUCAUUGCCCUUGAUGUAUUCGCUAAAUAUUUGCAUAGUGUCAAUUUUUACGUUUUCAGCACAUGGUGUAAUGACGAGAACUUUGGACUCCAC